AUGACCUUCUGGAACAGGAUGCAAGUACUGUCUAAAGGCCUCUAUGCUAUGGAGCUGCUGCUCCUCAUCUGCUCCUACCUGGACGCGCAGGCCUUGGGCCGCCUGGGCCAGGUCUGCCGCCGCCUGCGCUUCCUCAGUAGCCGCGAUCUCCUCUGGAGGCGCAUAGCCCGUGGCUGCCUCAACUCCGGCUUCACCCAGCUCGGCACCGACCUAGCGGCUGGCAUUCCAGUAAAGGAAAGGGUGAAAGUAUCUCAGAACUGGAGGCACGGACGCUGCCGGAGGGAGACGGUCCUGAAAUGGAAAUGCAAUUUGAUGCCCUGGAUGGAGCUGGAUGGCGAGUAUCUCUACCUGUCUCAAGCAGAGAACAUCCAGGCCUACCGGCUCUGUCCAGAUGGUACAGGUUUGCAGCGUCACCCUCAAGCUAUCUUCUCUGGCCACCAGGAGGACGUAUGUCGCUUUGUUCUUGUCAACUCCCACAUCGUCAGUGGAGGGGGAGAUGGAAAUAUUGUCCUUCACAAGAUCCAUGGCUCCUACAGUGUCAAGUUCUCUGCGCAUGAACAGGAGGUGAACUGUGUGGACUUCCAAGGUGGCCUCAUUGUCAGUGGCUCCCGGGACAGAACAGCGAAGGUUUGGUCCCUGUCCGCGGGCAGAGUUGGGCAGUGUCUACAUACAGUGCAGACAGAGGAUCGAGUGUGGUCCAUUGCUAUCAGCCCAUUAUUAAGCUCAUUUGUGACGGGGACAGCCUGCUGUGGACACACCUCACCUCUGAGAAUCUGGGACCUUGAGAGUGGUCAGCUGUUGACCUGUUUAGGGACUGACUUCCACCGUGGAGCUGGAGUCCUUGAUGUCUUCUACGAAACGCCCUCCCUUCUCCUUUCUUGUGGGUAUGACACCUACAUCCGCUACUGGGACAUACGGACCAGCACCAGGAAGUGCGUCCAGGAGUGGGAAGAGCCCCAUGACAGCGCGCUGUACUGCAUAAGGAGUGAUAAGAACCAUAUGAUUGCCAGCGGCUCUUCUUACUACGGCGUGGUGCGCCUCUGGGAUAAGCGGCAGACUCGGUGCCUGCAGAGCUUUCACCUGUCUUCACCCACCAGCAGCCCAGUGUACUGCCUCCGUUUCAGUACCACCCAUCUGUACGCUGCCCUGGCAUCGGCCCUGCACGUCCUAGACUUCACGGCCCCAUGAAGGGCACCGCAGCUGCUUCUGGUCACCCCAACUCAGCGGAGUUGACACUUGGCUCAGGGAAUCGCAGGGCAGGAGAGGUGAGAAUGGCCACCAAGGCUUCUGAAGGGAUUUUUUUGCCUGCCAGAAAGCUACAUUGAAGAGUGCACAAAGGGCCAGACUUUCUCAACCUCACCUGCCCAUUAGUGGAAAUAAAGGCCGAUUGUCCUUUAUCUUUUUUAUUUUAUGCAAGUCAGGGUUUGUUUUAUUAACUGUGUUCUUUUUUCUGUUUUGUUUUUUUUUGUUUUGUUUU